GGCUCGUUUUUUCAAAAAAUGUCAAACGAAAGUGAUAAUGUUUUGAAUAUAAAAAGAUUAUUGUUAGACAAGUCAGGUCUUCCUCUAAAUAAGACGCAAAGAUUGCCAACGUUAAGAAUACCUAAAGAUUUUUCAUUAGGUCGUAAUAAAAAAGUCUUCACGCCAAAUCUUAGUCAGGCAUUUAACAGAAAAACAAACAAAGAGAAAAAUGAGAUUGAAAAUAGCUUAUUUAGUGAUAACCCAGUUCAUCAUACAACCAAAUCUAAUCACACUUUCCAAAGGCCCAAAAAGCAAAGAGAAACAUUUGUGGCUAAUUAUGAUUCAAUUUUUGCCCAGGGAUUUAAUAAUGAUCAAAUGAUUAAAGGAAGAAAUUCUAAUUUUAUUGGGGUAUUCAAUGAUAGCCCCUCUACCUACAAAAAAUCCAAUAAAACUUCUCCAUCCAAAAGCCAAAAUUUGGACAUUAAAAGUAAUGAAGACAUUAUUCCGAAAAAAGUAUUUGAAGCAGACGAUAUUGAAUCCUCUUAUAUACACAAAACAAUUUCUUCAAAUUUAAGCUCAAUCAAAAAGGAACAAGACAGAGACAGCUCUUCCGUUAAGGUUACUUCUUUAAUCAGCGAAAAUAGCUACGAUAUUAGUCAUAUUUCCCCUUCUUACAAACCCCUUUCUUUACCAUUAAAACACGAAAAAGGCUUAAAAUCUGACGCUAAGCCUCGCUGGAAGAAAAAUAUUUUUCGAGAACCGGAAGAAGCCCUCGAUUCAAAAUCACAUUUAGAAAGCUCAUUAUGGGAAUUGAUAGACCGGGAAAAUCUUUUUCCGCAAUCAGAAGUAAAAAGUGAAUACUCCUAUGAUUUCGAAGAUAAAAACAUGGAUUAUCAACAAGAAGACCAACAAAACUUGUACAUCUUCAAUUUCCCCAGCAUUCUCCCCUUUACCCUUGAGAACAUUAAUAAUAAUGAUACAAAUAUUACACCUGACAGAAAGGAUUUCACAUCUCAACAAAAAACUCCAUCUCUCCAACCAAUUGGGAAGUUAAAAAUAACGGAAAACGGGAGAAUAUUUUUUGCCACCGGCGAUAAAUCUGAUUCUGACAGCGUCUUACAUAAUCACAACGACGAUAAAAACUUAUAUCAUGAUUUCAACAAACGCGAAACGCAAUCAACUAUCAAUAUUCACAAUGCCCAAGAAUCUUCCGAUUAUUUGUUUGAGAUGGAGCGAUACGGUUCCUCUAAUACCAUUUUGCAAAAUAUAGUAGAAAUUAAACUUGAUUCAAGCGAUAAGCUAAAUGACGGAAAUGUUCAAAACAAUACGCUGACAGAUAUGGGCAAAAUUGUUGAUGGCUUCGUUUUUACCCCGCUCCUUCAAGAAUAUUUGAUGAAAAUUUGAAUAAUUUUUUGACGCCUAUUUAUAUUAUUUAAAGUUAUCGGAUCAAAUGAAU